AUGGACUCGGCUGCGCUCCCAGAGCCCGAGGCUUCGACCAUCCCAGCGCCGUCGCCUGAGAAGGUUGAAGCCGAGGCAUAUCUGCAGUCACUCAUCAACAAGACACUGCGGAUAUAUACGACGGACGCGCGACUCUUCGUCGGCACCUUCAAAUGCACUGAUCCAGUCCGUAAGCCCGGCUUUCCUCCUGACAUUCUUGUCCUACUGACAACCGCCCAGCAAAGCAAUAUUGUCUUGUCCUUGACCCAUGAGUACCGCCAGCCUUCGCAGUCGAAACUAGCCGAGGCCUCCGCCAACAUGGACUCAGACACUGUCAGGGCCGAGAUGUCAUCUAGGUUUCUGGGUCCGGUCGUUGUCCCAGGAAAGUACAUUGUCAAGAUCGAGGUCGAAGAGUUUGUCAGCCAGAUGAAAAGUCGGUCGAUACUUGAAAGACGUGACAUCUAUGCCUCAGCUUAA